CUAAUACAGAUGGGUUUUUUAUCUCUGAGUUCUUGAAGAAGAUGGGUCUAGCCUCUUCUCAAAAUUACAACUUUUCUGCUCCUGUUUGUUUAUGGCAAGGAGUCUUCUGUGAUGCCCAGAAAGAGCAUGUUACUGGUUUAGUGGCUUCAGGUUUCGGCCUCUCUGGUGCCAUUCCUGAAACCACCAUAGGAAAGCUUACCAAUCUUCAGUCUCUGGAUCUCAGCAGCAACAAAAUCACAGCUUUGCCUUCGGAUUUUUGGAGUUUGGGCUCACUCAAGAGUCUCAAUCUGUCAUGCAAUCAGAUUUCUGGGUCUCUGUCCAGCAACAUUGACAAUUUUGGUUUGCUUGAAACCAUUGAUCUCUCUAGCAACAAUUUCUCGUCGGAAAUUCCUGCAGCUAUGGGCUCCCUAAAUUCAUUGCAGGUUCUUAAACUUGACAGAAAUGGGUUCCAAGGGAGCAUCCCAUUAGGAGUUCUGAACUGCCAAUCAUUGGUUUCACUUGAUCUUUCUUUGAAUCAGUUAUCUGGGUCUUUGCCUGCUGGGUUUGGUGCAGCAUUUCCUAAGCUGAAAAGCUUGAACCUUGCAGCAAAUGAGAUCCAUGACCGCGACACAGACUUUGCAGGAAUGAAAUCUCUUACAACCUUGAACAUCUCUGGGAAUUUGUUCCAAGGUUCAGUGAUAGGUGUCUUCCAGGGGAUGCUGCAGGUGAUGGACCUGAGCAAGAACCAAUUUCAAGGUCAUAUUUCUCAGGUACAAUCCAAUUUCUCCUACAAUUGGUCUCAUUUGGUUUAUCUAGACCUGUCUGAGAAUCUUCUUAGUGGAAAAAUGUUCCAACUUUUGGGUGAAACUCAAAAUCUUAGAUUUCUUGAUCUUGCAUACAAUGGAUUUCCUAGACAGAAAUUUCCACCAAUAGAAAAGCUCACAAGUUUAGAGUAUCUUAAUUUGUCGAAAACUAAUCUGACUGGCCAUAUUCCUGGUAAAAUCUCUGAACUGAGCAAUUUGCAUACUCUCGAUCUUUCUGCCAAUCACCUCGCUGGCCAAAUUCCAUCUUUGAGUCUCAAAAACCUUAAUGUUCUUGAUGUUUCACUCAACAAUCUGAGUGGAGAAAUUCCAGUUUCUCUCUUAGAAAGACUUAAGUGGAUGGAGAGAUUUAAUUUCUCUUGCAACAACUUUACCCUAUGUGCUUCAGGGUUCUCCCCUGAGACCUUCCAAUCAGCCUUCUCUGGUUCCCUAAACAGCUGUCCUAUAGCUGCACAACCUGGACUUUUUAGAAGGAAAACCAACAGACACAAGUCCUUGGCUCUUGCUCUAUCUUUCAGCUUCUCGAUGGUCUGCUUGCUUGCCGGGGUGCUAUUUCUGGCCUUUGGUUGCCGGAGGAGGUCCAGAACUUGGGUGGUAAAGCAAACUUCACUGAGAGAAGAACAAGAUGUUUCAGGUCCAUUUUCAUUCCAAACUGAUUCAACCACAUGGGUAGCUGAUGUGAAGCAAGCAAACUCAGUCCCGGUAGUGAUCUUUGAGAAGCCAUUGUUGAAUAUCACAUUUGCAGACCUCUUGUCUGCUACUUCAAAUUUUGAUCGAGGUACUCUUCUCACAGAAGGGAAAUUUGGUCCUGUUUAUAGAGGAUUCCUGCCUGGUGGAAUUCAUGUAGCAGUUAAAGUUUUAGUCCAUGGAUCAAUAAUGACAGACCAAGAAGCUGCAAGAGAGCUUGAGUAUCUUGGUACGAUAAAACACCAGAAUCUUGUUCCUUUGACUGGAUAUUGUUUGGCUGGGGAUCAAAGGAUUGCUAUCUAUGAUUACAUGGAGAAUGGUAACUUGCAGAACUUGCUACACGACUUGCCACUUAGUGGUCAGACCACUGAGGACUGCAGUACUGAUACAUGGGAAGAAGAUAACAAUGGGAUUCAAAAUGUUGGCUCUGAGGGCUUGUUAACAACUUGGAGAUUUCGGCACAAAAUAGCACUUGGCACAGCAAGAGCACUGGCAUUUUUGCAUCAUGGCUGCUUCCCUUCCAUAAUUCACAAGGAUGUUAAAGCUAGUAAUGUCUAUCUUGACUUAAAUUUGGAGCCAAGGCUAUCUGACUUUGGAUUGGCAAAGAUCUUUGGAAGUGGUUUAAAUGAUGAAACAGCCGAAAGGUCACCCGAAUGGUCACCCGGAUAUAUGCCACCUGAGUUUUCUCAGCCUGAAUGCGACUCUCCAACAGCAAAAUCAGACGUUUAUUGCUUUGGUGUUGUACUGUUUGAGCUAAUAACCGGGAAGAAGCCAGUUGGGGAUGAUUAUGCUGAUGAUAAAGAAGCAAAUUUGGUGAGUUGGGUUAGAGGAUUGAUUAGGAAGAACCAAGGAUCAAGAGCUAUUGAUCCUAGAAUCCGUGACACGGGACCAGCUGACCAAAUGGAAGAAUCCCUGAAGAUUGGUUAUCUCUGCACAGCCGACCUUCCCUCAAAACGACCAAGCAUGCAUCAGAUUGUUGGCCUUCUCAAAGAUAUUGAACCAAAAACUCAGCAAUGAAGAACAAAAUACAAGUUGCUCUCUUCGCCUUUUUCUCCCCUUAAAUUUGUUAUAUGUUACUUUUUUUUCUUUUUAGUGUUAUGAAUCCUUUCGAUGCUAUUAUAGGAAGGAAUGUGCAGCAAGCAGUGGUCAAAUUAUGCUUCCAUUCCAUCAUUCCAUGCACUGUCUUUGCAUCCUUUUCAUAGUUGAUGGCUUCAAAUUUUAAUCAUAUAGCAUGAGUUUGAUCUUUGAAAGAAAGCAUCCUCCUAUUA